AUUAUUCUUGUUUAUGAAGGAAAUGAAGAGGAAUCUCUUCAUGAAGGCGAUAUCAGACUGUCAUAUAAGCAACAGAUCGCACUUGAGAUGUUUGGAGAUCCUACAGCUCCAGUUUUGGGGGCCCGAGGAAUAACCAAAUAUCAGAAACUUCUGUGGAACACACGUGUCGUCCCUUACAAUAUCUCAAGUGAAUUAGGUGAGAUGAACAACGAGACAGAAAAAAAAAAGCUUUGGGGGGUGUUUGCAGCUUGUUUUGACACAUGCGCACGAAAAACCCUAAUUCAAUGCUAUGCAUUAAGGAAACACUAUUACUAUUAUUUACUAUUUUGCCAUUAGGAUACUAUGUUAAGAAAGUAGGAGCCCAUAAUCCUGGUUAAAUUUUUGUGAAUUGAAAAUCAUGUUCUUUCGUACACUCCUCUAUUGUGUAGGAGCCGUUUCAAGCCGUUUUCAAGUGAUUUUGAUGGGUCUUCGUUUUCUACAUUUGGGGGAAUUUCUAGAAAACGAAGACCCUAGACAAUUUCAUUGAUAACUGAAGAUCUUGUUGUUUGUUACACAUCUCAGAUCGAGAUACCCAUUCCUGGCUAUUUAUAAGUGAUUCUGAGGGGUGUCUUCGUUGUUGGGUUUUAGGUCUUAAGUCGUCGUUUUCUGGCCACCGAUAAAUAACGUCUAAUCGAUUCUUGAGACUUCACUCUUUACAGCCUCCCACUCACACGUUCUUUUGGGUCGUGACGCAUUCCUCAGAGGAAGGCGUGAUGAAACCCUCAGAAAGUCUGAGAGGCUAGACGCUUUGCCACUUCCAACUCUUUGCAUGUAUAUUUUAGAUGAGACCCCCGCGGCUAAAAGUGUUAUUUUGAGUGCCAUGAAGGAGUGGGAGCAGAGCUCGUGUUUAAAGUUUGUAAGAAGAACAACCGAAGAAAACUACAUCGCGUUUUUCAAAGGCAAUGGGUAAAUGAAUUAUCUUCCUUUAUUUUGAAGUUUCCCUUCUACAUUGCUCCUGACAAAACAUCAAUUUUUAAGCCUCUUUCGUGUCGUAACUGUAGACAACUAAAAGAAUUUACAAGAAUAUAAUUAUAAGUAAACAAAUAAAUAAAUAAACAGUACAUACUGUAGUGGAACACCCAAAGUAACUAAAAAGCUAAACAAGUUGGGUGGCUGUAAUUAUGAUAAUUAAAACUGAGAAAGCCAGAAAAGAGGCACAACAAAUACAUUGGUAAACAUAAAUAUCAUAACUUGGUACAAAAGUAAAUAUACAGAACAAAACAAAAAAAAUAAAUAAAUAAAUAUAAACCAUCUGACUCUAUCUUUAUAAAAUUUAUACUAUCGCGAUCGUUUCGUGAUCAUCAUCGUUAUCGCUAACGUUACUGUUAGCAAUGUUGUUAUCGUUAUCUUGAUCACGAUCUCAGACAAGGACGGAAAUUUAUCAUGAGCAGUGUUAAAAUGACUCCUGAGUUGUCAUGACGGUUAUUUAUAAUAUUGAAUACUAUACUUAUGCUAUUGAAUAUGUACUUCAUUUUGUAAACAAUCUUAAUCUUCGACUUAGCGCUGUCCUUCCAGUAAUGUUGUUUAUCACUGCCAGGUGCUGGUCAUGGGUAGGACGGCAAGGUGGAAUGCAGCAAAUUUCACUGGCCAGCGGUUGCUGGUCUCAAGGAACAGUCGUCCACGAGAUUGGUAAAGGAAUAUAGCACUUCCCACUUAAACACUGCCAAGCGACAAUUGUUUUCUUUUUGUGACUUUCUUGGUGCUAAAUGAAUUUUAAUUUUCUUGUUUUAAAGUUUUUUUUAAUUAAUGCAACCUGGCACGUAGACAGCAAGAUGACACUGGGUACGAGAUUGAUUUUAAUGUGGAGCCUAUCAAAAUUCGUGAAGUUUUUUUUUUUAAUAAUAUCAUGAUGCUGCCUCUUACCCAUGCGCGUUUUAGCGACUGGCACGAUUUUGGUUGCUACUCGCGGGGCAACCUUCCCAGCGUUCUUUGCGUUAAGCCUAAACGUUCCCAUGGUCGAUUCCGCGGUACUCCUUAAUCGCUCGCAAUCGCGUUUACCGUUUUCGAAAAACUAGAGUCACCUAGGAACGAGGCAAAUCAUGAUGCAUCCAGCGGUGGAUUCAGAUCUCCAGGCUGAAGGGGGAGGUGGUGGGCGUUCUCUUCGAAAUUUUGUUCGGGGAGGCUCCGAUCCGAGGUCCAAUCACUUACUAAGUAACGCAUUUAUUAAUAUGUCUUUUUUACAGAAAACGUACUCCUUCUGUAGACCUUUCACAUAUUACUUGUAGUUUAAGAUUUAAAACGCUACUUCUCUUUUGACCGCUGUAAAUGCACCGUCUUUAAAAUGUGAACAAAUCACUUAACCAGAAAGUUUUGUUAUCUUUUUUUUUUUACAGCCACAAAUGCGCCUUUUACGUCAUUUCACAGACCGCAAUGAUUGAUUGCCUUACCCUUUCUUAUACUUCAAAUAGAGACACCUUUACCCUAUAAUAUACCAUGUAUACAUAAGCCUAAAGAAGGGACCCGACUCCCCGUUUAGGACUAACCCUUCCCUUCCCUGGGAUCUUCAAGUAGGUGGGGUCCUGCUCAUCCUGGCGCGAUGAAAAUGGGGGAAGGUUCUCUCCAAAAUAACUUUUAUGUAUCCUGCAGCCUUUAGUUUUGCCUACAAUUAAGGUGGUCACGGCCGGGUUACCCUCUCUUCAGUAAAUCCGGUCUUGGGAUCAUAUUCAGUAGGUUUUAAAGAAAACACAGAUAUGGCUCAAGUUCUAUCGUGAAGCAAGUAAAUAGUCUAAAGUAACCUAUUCUUAUUUCCGUAAGAUAACACAAAUUAAACCGAACUCUUAUUCUUGAGAACAAAAACAUGUUAUUCAUUUAUACACAAUCUGCACCCUUUCGUUAAAUGAUGGAGGCAGUCGACUAAGACGCAUUUUUUAAAGUCAUUUUUCAUGAAUACUAUCGUAUCUAUCAUUUCAUCAUUUAUUUGUUGUUAUAAUAUUUUGCAGGUCAUGCUAUGGGAUUUUGGCAUGAACAGAGUAGACCUGAUAGAGAUGAGCAUGUGGAAAUAAUAUGGGAAAAUAUAGAAGAAGGUCAGUUAAAGAAUCUGAUCAUGAUUCAAUGUUAAAAGGAAAAUAUUAAAAGUUUAUCUUGUUUCAUCAUCACCACCACCACCACCAUCAUUAUUAUCAUCAUCGUCAUUGUCAUCGUCAUCGUCAUCGUUAUCAUCGUCUUCAUCGUCAUUGUCAUCGUUAUCGUCAUCGUCCUCGUCAACGUCAUCGUUAUCGUCAUCGUUAUCGUUAUCAUCAUCGUCAUCGUCAUUGUCAUUGUCUUUAUUAUUAUCCUCCUCAUGAUCGUCGUCAUCAUCAUAAUUAACAUCAUUAUUAUAAAUUUUUCUCUCUCACACUUUUGAUCUAUUUUGGUAACAGAUGUUUCUACUGUCUGAGGCUCUUGUUCCGCAAGCUAUUGUUAUUUGUUAUUUGCGAGAUGUGAACUGGGAAUAACCUUAAAAUUUAUGGCAUUAUCCAACUACAAUAAGAAUAACUUAAGUUAUUAAUUGAUCGAAUCAUUAAAUUUUUUAUUUUUAAUAGGAAAAGCACAUAACUUUCGGAAGUACAACGUGUCACAAAUUGAUUCAUUGGGGGUCCCGUAUGACUACAUUUCCGUCAUGCACUACUCUCCAACGGCGUUUGGUAUCAGUGGUUCCACAACAAUAAAAGCCAAGAACUCUUCUGUCAUUCAGCUUGGUCAGCGGAUAGGACUCAGCCCCAAGGACGUUACGCAAGCGGACUUGUUGUAUCGCUGUAACGGUGAGAAACAAUUAAGAAAGCCACGCAAAUACAAACUUUAAAGUUAUGUUUAUACCCGUGACUUACAUGAAGUCCUUUCUUAAUGAUGUAUUUUUGUAUUUAUGCUGAUUUAUAGAGAAUGGUUUAGAGUUUGGAAUGGCCCAUUUGCACGAUGGCGUCAUUUUACUAGGGAGCAUUAGGUAACAUCGGCUGAAGUCAGAUUGUUUCUUUCAAUAAAGUUACAUGAAGAACAACUUAAGUCCAACUUUACUGUGUAAUAUAAAAUGAAAUAGAAAAAAAUCCACUGUAAUGCUUUGAACCCGGGUCACUUGCUUUAUAGCCUACAUCCCUAUCCACUACACCAUCGAGGACUAGCUGCCAAAUCUAAUAAUUUUUAAAAUAUACAUGUUCUCAUGUCGUACCCCAUUACAAUAUUUGAAAGCUAACCGUUUUCAGUUCAGUGCUUAACCCUAAUCACUGCAGAUCAGUCCUUAACUGUCUACUGUGUUCUCUCCAUAACUGACGCUCUGUAGUUUUGGUUUCUUCAGCUAUGCUAGCCUCAUUCUACAUUCCAGUCUCGUUCCAUUAUGGAAAUAAUGCGUCGUGUAAAAUUCAUAAGGUGUCCAAUCUGGUUUCACUCGAUGUUAUCUAACGCUAACCUUUUACUACUAGGGACAGAAUCAUUGAGUGUUUUGCUUUCUUGUGCAAAUUACGGCUUUUGUUAUUUAAACCUCACUGGGAUGACCAAAUCAGUUAAAUACGAAAGAAAAAACGAAGUGAAUUCUUGUCUUAGUAGUAAAAAGACGACAUCGUGCAAAUGACCUUUUAAACUCAAAACUUUUAAGCCUUUAUUUAUUUCCACAAUUAAGGUGCCUGACUGCAUUACUAUCUUGUUUAUAUUCUCGUUUUCAAGUAUAAAAACUCUAUAUAGUUAUCUGCUAAGACAUGAAAGUACAGAAAACACAUGUUAACUCCCAACAUAUCAAACAGCAAAACUUGUGAAAUACUGAAAAAAAAAGGGUUUACUUUUAAUGGCGUCUCCUUAAUUAUUUCUACCUGUGAAGAUUUAGAGGUGACAAUGAUGAUCAACGACGAUGUUAAUAAUAGAUAAGAAUUACAGCUCAACCUCUCUCAACGGCCACCUUAGGGACAGGGGAAAGUGGCCGUUGUAAAGAGGUUUUAAACAAGAGUUAAUGUAAGGAUUUUUUCGUUCGCCGGGACGAAAGAAGUGGCCGUUGUAGUGAGGCGGCCUUUAUGGAGCCUCGACUGCACUGAAUCAGUAUGGCUACAGGAAUUUGGCCGUAGGAUUCCUCACCCUACAUGUACGUACGGAAGUCGAAUUUAAUCUUUUAAAUUCUGAUUCCAGAAAAUUCGUUCCGGAUUCAAAAGCAAGAAUAUCCGAUAUCACGGAAAUCUGUUUUACCUUACGUGGGCCACGAUUCUUGUUAGAUUAAAAGUUAGAAGUAACUGAGUUGCUGCCAAUCAGCUAUCUCGUUUGGCAUGUUUUUAGCUUGAAGAAAAUUAAUAUCCUUAACCCUCGGGUGGAUGGAUGCCCCCCCCAGAGGUUUUGAUAUGUUGCAGUAUUCCGAAACGAUUUUAGAAAAAGAUAUACGAUUUUACCUUCAACAAGAUGAGAUAUAUUUUAUGGGUGGUGGCGCUGCUGGAGGCCUGUGACGUCACCGAAAAUAGUCACCAUUUUCGAUUUUACCAAGAAUUAGGAAUUGGUUAAAACCCGGCAGAAAUGGUGAUUUUUUUUUGUGCUUGAUAUGAAAAAUAACACAUAAAUAAGCGCUCUGGCUUUGGCUUGACCACCUGCUACUUAUGACGUCACAUCUCGUAACCGUAGAAACUGACCAUCACUGAACCUGACUCAAAAUGCGCGCGAGGGACAAAGGAAAAGCUACCGAAAACGUCAGGUGCUGAUGUUUUAUCCCCCCUUGUACGUCCAAGGGUUAAUAUACAGCGUUUUUCAUAAUAAUGUAUCAUUCCUUUUCUUAUAACUUGUUUACAGGGAGCACUACCAGACAACCUGAUCCGACCUCUCCCCCUCAGCCACACCCUGAUGGUACGAAUGUGUUGUACGUACUUCAUAUCAUUUAGCUGUUUUACCCUGAUUUGGCAGAAGGGGACACAUAAGAAAUCACGCGUACACGCUAUGUUGAUUAUUCAUAUCUAAAGAACUUAUACAACUGGGUACUUCAGUAAAGUACUUAUAGAAGGCGUUUUCACUCACUUGAGAGCAUCUAUGCAAAUUUAUUGGAACAAUAGAAAGCCUUUACAUAAGGAAAGAAUAGGUCAUUUCCGAGUUGCUUCAAGCCUCUGUUUUAAAGCGAGGCUAAGCGAGAAGCCACUGUUUUGGAAACGAUUUUGUUAUUAUGCAAAUAAAAGUCAUUUUCACAAUAAAAGUUGUGCACUUGGCAUCGUUUUGAAAGAGAGUCAGGUUUUUGAACUCGGAAAUGGCCUAUUAAACUCACAUAGUAUUGGUUUGGAACACAAACAUGGCCUCGGUUUCAUUGUUCUGGAACACCAAUAUGGCCACCUUGACGUCAUGUGAAAAGGCUCUAUCGGUAAGCGGUAAAGCCUUUCUUAAAUUUCAAAAUUCCUAAAACUAUAAUAGCCCACGAUCGAUUUUUUGAAAUUCUAACACAACUCGGAGAUUUUAAGUUCAAAAUUGCAAAUUUUUCCCGACUCUGUUGUCUCGCAAUUUCCAGAAGAGGCUUAAAAGCACAGAGAAAACGUUAACUACACUAAAUAUGUAAAUAUUACCAGAAAGCCUCGGAGUCAUGUUAGAAUUUUAAUAUAUAGAACGUGGGCUAUUAAUUAUAAAUGAUUACGGAGUGUGCAUGACCGAUCUCGAUCCAUGCUCACUCUCAUCAAGCUGGUACCGGAGAAUUUUCGUUCGAAUUUGCCCCGUGUCCUUAGAUCCGAUCAUUCAACGAUGGUUGCAGCACAAACUUAACACAUCUGUAUAAAGAGUGUGUUUUUCUAAGUCGAUCGCAAUGACUGAAUUCUAGUUUGUAGCUGACGCUAUUACGAUGAAUGUUCCAACUUUUCAGAUGUUGCAUAGCAAUUAGUUAAAAGAACUAAAUGGGGUUCCCAAUUUUACUACACUAACCUGCAAAGGCGGACUAGGAAAAUCGGUGAUGACUCAGAGAAAACUGGCUUAAGAAUUAUUGCCUAUGCCUUCUGGCUAUAAAACACGCAAAUAUUAUUACUGUGCCGUGCUCUAAGAAAAAAUUGAAGGGAUCCCACAGCUCUGAGCCUAUGAACUCUAGGGUUACAACGUAUGAUUAAAAACAACAACAACAUCAACAACAAGCUGAGAUUUCCUGGUUGCUUAACAGAAAAAGUAAGGUUCCAUGGGCCUUUGGGAAAUGUCAGAGCAUAGCCCUCCCUAUAAUACUGGACCGAGUCAAUUAACGUCUAUUCCAUCCUAACACUCGAUUCAGGUCCUGAUGACUGCACCUUUGAGACCGCUGACUUAUGUGGAUUUACUAAUGUCGAUGGCGACGAUUUCGAUUGGACGCAAAGAAUGGGUAACACACCGAGCAGUAGAACUGGGCCAGAUACAGACCACACAACCCGGCGCUUCGGUGAGUAUCAGUACAACUGGGGCGGACAGUGGUACUUUUUACACUUUCUUGGAUCCAUCCAGAUAAAUUGAAAACAAAAUGCUGUUUUCUAUACACAGGGGUUAACCAGAUUCAUUGAACUUGAUAUUGAAAACGAACUCCACCUCGGAGCGACUUCCACGUUCACAUUACUUGAUCUCGCGCUAACAGGUAGCACUGCAUGUUAUGCAUAUGGCAAAUUUGGGGUGUUUUAAUGCUGCGAAAACUAACUUUUUGUUGGCGUCUUUUCGAUCUUUUGUAUUACGCCAUUUCGGGACUGCAUCCAUUAGAAAUACGAACGUUUAUGGCCUACUUUGUAUACUACAUGGUAUUAACUUAGUUCUUAAGAUGACUACCGCACAGGUUGUCGAAAUGUCAGUCACUGUCAACAGCAACAGUCCUAUUCAGAACUACGUUAUCACCCGGACCAUCAUGCUCAACUUACUUAUGAAAUGACUCCUGGGUUCAAACCGUUCACAGAGUAUGAAGUAAUAAAAACGCGUUUUUUAAAUCCUUCCAAGUGACAUGUCGAAACACGUGACAAUAUUGUGACAUGUGACUCUUGCUAGGUUAUUUUAUGUACAUCGAAACUUCGCGUCCACGUAUUAAGGGUGACACUGCCAUACUACAAAGCAAGCUAUACCCCAGAACAACACAUGGGCGUUGCCUUCAGUUUUAUUACCAUAUGUAUGGAGAGGACAUGGGUACACUUAAAGUGAUUCAGUCAUUCCUUGUGGGCGAUGAUGACACGGUCCUUUUUGAGAAAAGCAGUGAUCAAGGGAACCAAUGGAUUUUGGCCAGAGUUCAGGUUAAAGCUUCAACGUCACCAUACAGGGUGAGUAUACAG